AUGAUCCGCCAAUGGCUAGGUGCAAGACAAUGGCUGUUGCUCUCAUUAGGGCUGUCAAGUCUCACACAAGUCGUAGCAGCAGGCAUAACUAUUGAUAUAGAUAACACUGAUUCAAUAAAAUCCGCGGCGAGUACAGUGGCAUACGAUCUAGUCACCUUCUAUACCGGCAAUAACAGUGGCGAUGUGCCCGGAAAUCUUCCCGAUCCAUAUUACUGGUGGGAAGCAGGAGCUUUCUUUGGAACGUUGAUCAAUUACUGGGCCUUUACCGGAGAUACCACCUACAACAAGAUCACGGUCCAAGCGAUGGAACACCAGGCCGGGUCAGAAGGCGACUUCAUGCCCUCAAAUCAGACAUACACUGAGGGUAACGAUGAUCAAUCAUUUUGGGCCCUGUCGGCUAUGAUGGCCGCUGAGCGCAACUUCACGAAUCCAUCGUCCUCCUCGCCGGGGUGGUUGGCAAUGGUGCAAGCGGUCUUCAACGAGCAAGCUCAUCGAUGGGAUUCGGCCAACUGUGAUGGCGGUUUACGCUGGCAAAUCUACACUUGGAAUGCUGGAUACGGUUACAAAAACACCAUCUCAAAUGGAUGUUUCUUCGACAUUGCUGCUCGACUGGCACGAUAUACUGGAAAUGCGACAUACGCCGAGUGGGCCAACAAAGCCUGGAAUUGGUCCAAGAACACCGGAUUGAUUACUGCAGACUACCAGGUCUAUGAUGGUACCACUGUUGACUCGAAUUGCUCUUCGUACGACCGGACUCGGUGGACUUAUACUGCUGGUAUCUACCUUCACGGAGCUGCCGUGAUGUACAACUACACUUCAUCUCUCUCCUCAAACUCAUCCUCCAAUUCAUCCACCGUGUGGAAAAAUAGAAUCGACGGAUUACUCACAUCUGCCAACCAUUUCUACUCCACAGACAACUCUAGCGCAAAUGUAAUGGAGGAGCCUCCCUGUGAGUCAAGUGGUAGCUGCGACACGGAUCAGUUAUCCUUCAAAGCAUACUUGUCCCGCUGGUUAGCGGACGUCAUGCAGCUCGCGCCAUAUACCUACGACACUAUCAUAGCAAAGGUUCGUGCUACCGCAACGGCUGCUGUCAGUCAGUGCCAAGGAGGUGAUUCUGGAACCUUUUGUGGUCAUCAAUGGUCAAGUGGAAGCUACGAUGGUACCACGGGAGUUGGGCAGCAGAUGGGUGUUCUUGAGGUUCUUCAUGGACUUCUUGCCACAGAUAUCAGUGGUCCCGUCACAGCCAACACAGGUGGGACAAGCGAAGGUAAUAGCGCGGCUGGAACUGGGUCUGAUGAAACGGAGAGUGAAAUUCUCUACUCGGCCAUAACGACUGCGGAUAGAGCAGGCGCAGCAAUCCUAACAGUGAUUAUCGCUGGGAUGAUAUUCGCUGCUGUUUAUGUGAUGCUUGUUUGA